AUGAACAGUGUAAGAAGGAUUGCCAGAUGUUUCACUGGGACUCCAGAAAUUCUGACAUGGCGUAAGGUUGUUACUCUACAGCAGUGGUUUUCUCCCAGCUGCCGAUGUCGAAGUUCAGACUCGCAGAAAUCAUCAUCAUCAUCAUCACCUGGCCAGCAAUGUUGUGUUGCUGUUGUUGGCAGCGGACCUGCAGGGUUCUAUACCGCUCAACAGUUGCUGAAGGGCGACCAUAAUUUAAUUGUGGACAUUUACGAGAAAUUGCCAGUUCCUUUUGGUCUUGUACGAUUUGGAGUAGCACCUGACCAUCCAGAAGUUAAGAAUGUGAUUCAUACUUUUACAAAUACUGCCAAAAAUGAACGCUGCAAUUUUUUCGGCAAUGUUGAAGUUGGUCGAGACGUGUCUCUAAAAGAUCUACGAGAUGCUUACUCAGCUGUUAUUUUGUGUUACGGAGCAUCAGCCAACAGAACUUUAGGUAUUCCUGGAGAAGAUCUUCCAAAUGUCAUAUCGGCAAGAUCAUUUGUAGGAUGGUACAACGGUGUGCCACAAGACAAGGAGCUACAAGUCAACUUGGACUGUGAAUCUGCUGUUGUGUUGGGCCAUGGAAAUGUUGCAUUAGAUGUGGCCCGGAUUCUUCUCACACCAGUCAGCAUUUUAGAGAAAACAGAUAUAUCAGAGCAUGCCCUGAAAGCCCUUCACAGGAGUCAGGUGAGCAAGGUUCAUGUUGUUGGGCGAAGAGGACCUCUUCAGGUUGCAUUUACAAUCAAAGAACUGCGAGAGAUGAUCAAACUGCCAGGGACACAAACUGUUAUUCGACGUGAGGAUGUCGAAGGACUGGAUAAAGUUAUUGAUGAUUUACCCAGACCACGCCGUCGUCUGACAGAACUCUUAUACAAAACAGCAGUUGCACCUUCCAGUACAGACACCAGACUCUGGGAGCAAGCCACUAAGGAAUGGAGGCUGGUUUUCCUGAGAAGUCCUGUCCAAAUUCUUCACGACAAUAAUGGUUCAGUAUCAGGUGUGGAGUUUGCUGUUAAUAAAUUACAGGGGAAGCCAUCACAAUUUCAGAAAGCUGUGACCACGGAUUUAAGGGAGACUAUCAAGUGUGGUCUGGUGUUGAGUAGCAUUGGCUACAGAAGUGUUCCCUUAGACAGCUCAUUGCCGUUUGAUUCAAAGAAUGGCAUCAUUGACAAUGAAAACUCCAGAGUCAGAAAUGAACAAGGUCUUUAUUGUGCUGGGUGGGUAGGUAAAGGGCCCGUGGGAGUUAUUCUAGGAACCAUGACAGACGCCUUUGAGACAGGCAAGCUGGUGUUACAUGACCUUCAUAGUGGUCACCUGAAAAUUCCCGAAAGGAUGAAACGGGACCAGCUGAUAAAUCAGAUCAAAGACAAAGCUGUGACAUUUACUGACUGGCAGCGAAUUGACUGUGCAGAAAUGGCAGCUGGAGAGAAAUUAGGAAAGCCCAGAGAAAAGAUUACUGAUAUCCAAACUUUACUGAAUGUUGCCAGAAGGAGCUGA